CGCAUUCGUUAUAAUUCCGCAACUUCACAAUACUUCAAGAAGUACCAAAACAGUCCCUCUCUUGUGUUAGUUCGACGUCGUCUUCGCAACUUGGUCGGAGCGUCACGGAGUCCCGUGUCCUGUGCCAUAGUAUUUGGGAUUCCCAACAUUGGACCAUUGGUACAUGCAGUCUUCAUGACCAAUUUCCUGUUCAACCGUUGUGUCAUCAUUCCUCGGCCCUAUUUUUUGUUCUACCUUCUAGUGCCGCAUCUCUUUGUCUCAACCACCCUUCAUUUGGCCCAUCCACUUAUUCACACGAUUAUGUGCUCUCAUUUCCUCCAAUUCGGCCGAAGAUUGGCCGCUGCUAAACCACAAAAUGACGGUAGAACAGAAAAUUGGUCACGGAGACUUCCUUCACGUGUCACUUUGAUAAAUUGUAACUUUGUGCUUACGACGGCGCCUCUCACCAACGCUGCUGCCGAGACGUUUGAGAAUGUACCCAGCCAAUGGUCCACUUCUGCUCAGGCAGUACGUGAAAUUAUCGCCAACCAUUCCCUCUUCCAGUCUCCGGUUGACCAAGUUCCCUCGAAAGAGGUUGCCCACAGCCUCCAUACUGCUCAGUUUCCUGCCAUUUCACCCACAUCAGACAAGUCGCUCCGUUACACUUGA